AUGCCCCCCAGACCCGGCACAGAAACAGCAACCACAGACCCGCUCUCUUCUCCCCAACAACACGCCCACGAAGAGCCCCUCCCUUCACUCCCCUCUCUCCUUACGAACCAAACAUCCCAGCCCGAGCCUUCUUCUCAGCCCUCUCAUCCCCAUGGAGAAACGAGUCAUGAGAAUCAGAAUGGAGGGCAGAGGAGGAGCUUUACAGUGAAUAGACAGUCGCAUGCGAAUGGACACGGCGGAGGGCCGUCUGCGAUCGGCUCGACGACGGUCGCUAACGGGCCCGGCGGUGAUGGUACCGGCGUUGCGGCGUUUGGUGUAGGGGUGGAUGACUGGGAGCAAGAGUACGAGAGGCAGAAGAAUAGGGGGUGGGAUGAGAAGCUGGAGAAGGAUCUGGAAGGAUGGCGCGGGGGACAUGGCAAACCGCGCUCGGCAUACCCACGUCAAGCACUCCCUCCAAUGUCUUACUACCAUACCCCUGUAACAGGUGUCAUCGGGCAACACCUACCGAAGGAGAUGGUCAGAAUAGAACGGGACUGGACGGAUGGUGAAGUCUGUCAAUUCGAAACCGUAUUCCCCAUCGAGCUCGACAACCGUAUAUCACCCCAAGCCCUCUCAUCCUUCAUCAACACCCUCAAUGCCCAGCUCCAAGAAGCGUACAAACCAUGGCCUAAUGCGCUGGAUAACUUGAUUGGGAUAGCGAGUUUGUGGACGAGUCUUUGGUGGAGACAGAGUCAUUUCGAGAAGGUCUUGCAAGCGCUGGAAAAGUAUAUCGAAAACGCUAAUCACGAUACGUUCAACCCUGCUGGUCUCAACGUCCUCUCUCCUCGGGAUGUUGCAUUGCAAUUCCUCGAGAUAGAGUACUACUAG